AGGGCGCCCUUCCCAUCUCCAUCCGUGGCCACGCCGCACUCCUGGGGUCUUUAAAGAGACACGUCAAGGGCGUCCGUCUCACAGAAGCUUCCAGCCCACUGUCCGCGAUGGACGGCAUCCCGUGGGCUGUCAUCCCACUGGUUCUCUUGGGUCUGCUGCGGCCCUGUGCCGCGACACGUUCGCUCUCACAGCGCUGUGACUCACUCAGGGCUGGCACUAUUUACGAAUACCAGGCAAAGACCCUGAAUGGCAGCCAGACUGUCAGUUUGGAUAGCCUGAAAGGAAGGGUUGUCCUCUUCAUCAAUGUGGCCACAUACUGAGGAUUCACCUACCAGUAUGUGGAACUGAAUGCACUUCAUGAAGAACUUCAACCACAUGGACUCACAAUCCUUGGCUUCCCGUCUAAUCAGUUUGGGAAACAAGAGCCAGGCCAAAAUCACGAGAUCCUGCCAGGGUUACAGUACGUCAGACCAGGCAAUGGAUUUGUGCCAAACUUCAGGUUAUUUGAGAAGGGGGAUGUAAAUGGACAAAAUGAACAGCCAGUUUAUACUUUCCUUAAGAGUGCUUGUCCCCCGGUUGGAGACACUUUUGGCAAAGUAUCUGGCAGACUAUUCUGGGAGCCACUCAAAGUGAACGACAUCAAGUGGAAUUUUGAGAAGUUUUUAGUGAGCCGAGAUGGAAAGCCCGUGAUGAGAUGGCAUCCCUCUGUGGAAGUGUCUGAAAUUCGUACUUCCAUCAUCCUUUACCUACACAGCUUGUCCCAAAGGAGGCAGUAGAUUAGACUGUGUAGUUGUAGUAACGUAAUGGCGGGUAGAUUCUGGAAUAAGGAAAUCUCAUGUUAAAUGAAGAAGGGGUUUGAAAGCAGAGCGUCUGUGGGGCCUCUUCGGAGUCUGGGUCCAGGGUAGUUCUUUUGUGCAUUCAGAACUGCCCUGCUAAACCCAAGAGCAUGCCAUUUCCUUCCAAUACCAGCACCUAUGAGCCAUUCACGCUUCCAUGUUAAUUACGUUCAAUAAAUCAUAGUAGAAAAGA